AAGAUUCCACAACUCGCCUCCUCCAACAGUUUUUGUCUUCUCUCUCUCUCUGUCUCUGUCUCUGUUUCCUUCCACAACCAAACCACAAAACAAAAUUCGAUUCCGCUAAACUUCCCUCUUCCCCCAAACAGAACCUCGCUGAUCGCCGCCGGGAAGAUCCAAUUUCCUCCGGGAGUGAAGAAAAUAGCUCACCGUCUUUUGUAUUUAGGUGGUAGUUUGAGGAGAUGGUAUCGCCCGAAAACGCUAAUUGGAUAUCCGAAUUGAUCGAUGCAGACUAUGGAAGUUUCACCAUCCAAGGUCCUGGCUUCUCCUGGCCUGUUCACCAGCAACCUAUUGGCGUUUCCAGCGUGGGAGUUGAUGGCUCAGCUGGUAAUUCAGAAGCCACCAAGGAACCUGUCUCUAAAAAGAGGGCGAGAUGUGAUUCGUCCUCUGCUACUAGCUCCAAAGCCUGUAGAGAGAAGCAGCGACGUGACAGGCUGAAUGACAAGUUUACGGAAUUGAGUGUAAUUUUGGAGCCGGGAAAUCCUCCCAAAACAGACAAGUCUGCAAUCUUGGUCGAUGCUGUCCGUAUGGUUACACAACUACGUGGCGAGGCACAGAAGUUGAAGGACUCCAAUUCAAGUCUUCAAGGCAAAAUCAAUGAGUUGAAGACCGAGAAGAACGAGCUGCGUGAUGAGAAGCAGAGGCUGAAGACAGAGAAAGAGAAGCUGGAGCAACAGCUGAAAGCCAUGAAUGCUCCUCCUCAACCAAGCUUCUUCCCAGGCCCACCUAUGAUGCCAACCGCUUUUGCUUCUGCGCAAGGCCAGGCUCCCGGAAACAAGAUGGUGCCAGUCAUCAGUUAUCCAGGAGUUGCCAUGUGGCAGUUCAUGCCUCCUGCUUCAGUAGAUACUUCUCAGGAUCACGUCCUUCGUCCACCAGUUGCUUAACUGGGACGACCAAAAACAAAACCUCAAGAAAAUCAGCGUCAACUGGUUUGCUUCUUGCUCCCGCUAAAAAAAAAGAAAAGUCCAUUUGUUUUGCUCUCCUCUUUCUCGGCUUUUUUAGUAGUCUUUUAUGGAUGCUCUGGUUUCAUCAGUGUUAUCUUCUUAUAACAGUUAUCUUUUGAACAAUGAUAUGGCAUUGUAAACUCACAAUUGUUUGUCGCAGUGUUUAUCUAUUCACAUGUAAAUUUAA